AUGCCGUCGUGGAAAUGGAUGUUUGCCGUGGCCGGGGCGUUGGCUCCGGUGGCUCUCGCCGACCUGAGCGAUACCACUGAAUUCGUCACCGAGGACGCUACCGUUACCGUCACUGGCGAAGACUACGCGUCCACCAGUACCGUUAAAGUGAUUGCCAAAGUGUACGAAACCGAGUACAUCUGGACCGAUGCCGGCACGUUGACGCUGACGGUGAUCACUGGCGCCACUGAGUUUGAGACGGUCACCACCGAUGCCACUGACCUGGUGGAAACUGAAAGAGCCACCGUGCUGGCGCUGCCGGAAGUGGCCGAAACCACUACCGCCUCUACUGACGAUACUCUCCUCACUUCGGGCUCGUUGUAUCUGAACUCGUCGUCGCUGGCGGAGGUGUCGUCGGCGUUUGAACCGCUGGAAUUGCCGUUGCUGUCGGAAUUGCCCGUGGAAACCGGUGUGACCCUGGAAACCGGGGUUGAGCUGUCGUCGUCGAUUGCACCCGAGUCGCUGUCGGAACCCGUGUCGGUGGCUUCGGAAGUGCCUGAAGUUUCGUCGACCUACGCCAACUCCACCGUCCCCGCCACCUCCGAUGUGUCUGAUGUGCCUUCUACUGGUGUGUCAGAGACCUUGUCGCAAGACGUGUCAGAAACCCUGUCGGAAGUUGCCCCGUCGCUGUUGUCGUUGCCCGUCAUCGCCAACUCGCUGGUACCCAUCGAAACCCUGUCGUCGUUAGACGUCGACUUGACCUCGCUGGACGUCAUCCCCACUUUGGUGUUGCCCACCUCGUCGGUGUACGACAAUGCCACCAGCAUUGGCGCCGACUGGAUCUCUACUCUUUCGCAAUCGAUCCCCGAAGGCUCCUACGGCGAGCCGUCGACGAUCACCUCCACCACCACCUGGCAAGGGGAGCUCGCAGUGUUGCACUUGGUGGUGCUCCCCACCGAGGUGUGUGAUUGUUAA